UGCAUUCCAAUGCCAGAUUUUUUUCAUUUCCUUUAAUGAUUGGUCACAUUUGUUGCAGUUGAGUGGUUCAGGAUUAGUUUUCGGAUGUGUUGAUCUUCAUCAAACCGGUUUACUCAAACGCAGAUUAACGCGGUGUGAUGUCAGAGAAAAGGUACUUAUCAAGGCUCGGUCUCAAUCCCCCACACAGAGACUUUGAAAUCUCAGACGGCAGCGGUGCGAGAGCAUGACUGGCAACGGCAAGGACAAAAGUCAGUUAUUUUUGUAUUAAUUUAAAGUUUGUUCGGUGAAGUUCCUGUUUAAGAAAGAACAUCCAAAAAGAAUUACCGAACUCUUCAGAAAUUUAUUCAACCUUCAAUACGGAAUUUCGCUACAAGACGUUUAUUUGACCACCUUAGGACGAAUUGUGUCUUGUAAAGAUUCCGAUUCAACAACUCUUCGCAACAACUGACUACCUAGAAGUUAAAGCAGAGAUGUCGAAUACAAGCCGACUGUUUGAGCAGCUAAGCUUUGCGAUAUUUAUCCUGUGUUGUUCACUGUCCAUAUUUGGGAAGCCUGUGGAAGAAGUCUCCAUUAUGAAGAAGAGGUCUGUCUCGGAGCACCAGUUCAUGCAUGACAAGAGCAGGUCUAUCCAGGAACUGCAAAGGCGGAUCUGGCUGCAUAAUGUCAUGGGCGAGCUGCACACAGCAGAGGGCCGGGGGAUGACUCAGUCACAGUCGCCCCCCCGCAACCCCAAACACCCAGCGACGUGGCCGGAUUCGGCGGAUCUGGCGGUGCUCCUCAUCAAACUGGCAGCCAAUAACAACAGCAACAACAAUGAGGGCACCAGGACUCCGCUGGAACAGAUACAAGAUACCAACAAGCCCGGUCCUUUCAAAUUCCAGAACUCGAGGAAAAAUGGCAAGAGGAAGAAGCAAGGGAAAAACAACAAGCGCAAGGCUCACAGAGGUCGGGAAGUGAACAGCAGGAGGCAGACACGCUCUGUGGAUUCCGAAAUCGGGGAUCCCAGUCUCGCAAUCGAGGCUGAGCCGCUCGCCACUGCCGCCUCUGGACGGUUGUGGUACUGAGGGGCCAACCUCUAACAUAUAGCCCUAGGUAAUUACUUAAUAUUCUCCCGAUAAAUGAUCACAGACUCGCUUUAAAGGUCAGUGUUGUAGGUAAAAAAAAAACCGACAGCGGCAAAUUACGACUGUCAUGUCCGGUCAAUAAAAUCUGGUCACUCGCAUCAUGAUCUCGGGCUGAUGAGCUGCCAGAUACAAGGAGCACAAGUCAAUUCAUACUCGAGUGCUCGCACCUUAACUCCCUUUUAAUGUUAACAGAGGAUUAGGUCCCAUUCAACAUUUUAAAUUUGGUGCGUUCCAAAUGUAUUUUUUGCACCAGCCCUGCAGGUAUAUCAUUCAUCCCGCUCAAACCUGCAAGUGCUGUAAGACGGGGACCUCGAGGCUAUCCAAUGGAAUUGAUGGCAAGUCAGCAUCCAAGUUACUUUUCUGAUUUUCACAUUCCGCUCAGGUGAAAGUGGCUGCCUUAGGGAUUUAGUUUAGCUUGAAUAGCUAACGAAAAAGGGUACUUAAACAGUGAAAUCGUUUAACUAUAGCCAGAGGCUGUAACGUGUUGGAAUUUAAUCGACUUUGUACAAACCUAAUCCUUCCUAAAAUGAUUUACCGCUGCACUGAUGCUAUCAUUUUUUUCUGACCCAUUCAAGCCAGUUUUAGCUGUGCGCCAAUAAAAGUUGGGAUCAAAUCUAAAGCCAAGGAGGUACUAGACCUGUGCAGAAAUAAAUUCUGCAACAAUGAGGCUGAUCACUAAAUGGAGUGGAAUUCCCAUGUGGGCCAGCACGUUUAAAAGCAAUUCAGAUGAAGCGAUCUGUUGUGCGUUUUUAACUUUUUACACUUAAUAUCACAUGUUUUGAGAAAAGGCUGCGACCCUCCAAGACUCCUGCAAUUUACAAAAAGUACAGAGGGUGUAGAGCCUUUGCAAACACUCGCGAAACGUCAUCAUACAGGAAGACUUAACACUUCACAGAAACCUGGCCAUUGAUACAAAGAAAACUGUAACAGAAGGCGAAUAAAAAUUUGGUCAAAAUGGUAGGCUUUAAGGAAGGUAUUAGAUUAAGAGCGAGAUUGAGAGGGUUGGGAGGAAAAUUCCAGAGCUUCGGACCAAGAUAUGUGAAUGCAUUACCUGCUAAGUAUUCGGAGGAAUAUAAAGGUUAGAGGAGAUUGACCACAAUUAGGAACACUCUGGCCGGCACCAUCCCGUUCACAACCAUAUAUAGUGCUUGCAUUGGUUUUGUACAUUGCAAGUACAUAUCUUGUUUUGACGCUACAACGUAGGUAUUUCUGUCAGAUAGGUUUUAUAAAAAGAUAACGAUACAGAAUUGCUGUGGCCAUGACCAUUGCUAACUGCAAAGAAACGUGGAGUGCAUACUGUUUGGAAGAGGCAGCCUCAAAUAACUUGGGUGAGGCACAGUGUGGGGUGUAACUCCAGCUUGAUGUCAAAUCACGCUUUUAGAAGUAGCUACAGGAUUAGAUGAAUUUCUUGGAUACUUAUUGAAAAACAACAGGAUAAUUUAGACAAUGUGUAAUUGCUGGACCAAGUGUAAACUAAUGCAGCAUGCAAUACAGGUGUAGUACAGCAGCUAUUUUGAAAAUUUGCAUUUACAUAGUAUAUUUAAAAUAACGAAAUUUCCAAGGCACUUAAGAUGACCCUUAUAAUGCUUCUCUUUAACGAUAAGCCACGUAAAGCAAUAUUAGAGAAAUUGUGUAAAGAAGAAAAUGUAACUUAUUUUUAAAGAAGGAAAGGUGGGGAAGGAGGUAGAUGUGAGGUUGAGAGAGUGAAUUCCAGAGCUUAGGUCCUGGGUAGCUGAAGGCAGGCACCCCAGUGUUUGAACAAUUAGAAUCUGGGAUGCUCAAGAGGUCAGAAAUAGAUAUAAAGAUAUCUUGGAAAUUUGUUGGGCUGCAGAAAAUCACAAAGAUUUUUGCACAAUUUGAUAAGGCCAUGAAGGGAUUGUAACAAGGAUGAUAAUUUUAAACUUGAGGUGUUGGGAACUAAUAAUAUAGAUUAAUGAAUAUGGGAAAACACCACUAGGUGCGAGUAAAGAUACAAGUAGCAGAGUUUUGGUUGGCCUCAAGUUUAAGGAACAUAAAAUUUGGGAAGUUGGCUAUGAAUUUGGUGUAAUUGUCAAACUGGAGAUAUGGAUAAGCGUUUCAGAUUCUGAAGAGGUGAAGGACAGAGUCAAGUGUGGAAACAGAUGUGGAAAUAGGUGAAAUUAGUCAUGAUGCAGUUACAUGGUCAGAAGCUCAUCUCAUGGUCAAAUAUGAUCCCAAGGUGACAAACAAACCAGAUCAGUGUCUGAUAGUUUCCACAAGUCAGAUGGUAAAUGCAUGAGAUUGUCAGAAUUAAUAAUAGAGCAGAGACAGUGGAUUGUGAUACAGGAAUGCUACAAUGUACCAGGAAAUCACCGAAAGAGCGAAAUGACUUAGAGUGGAUUUACAUGUUUAACUUUGUGAAAAACAUUGAGAGAAUUUGCGCAAUAUCUUUUGACUUCACUCUGAUGUUAGAUCAGAUUCCAACUUUAGACUAGACUUCAAUUACUUUUAUUUACAUUACAUUAAUUUGUACCAAUGAUACACUUUACCAUGUGUAAGACUAAGAAAAAAUCCAUAAUUGAUGACUGUUCUUCACACAUAUGAACUCAUGCAUCUGCAUCCAGAAACUGUUUAACUGAGCAUUAUUAAUGUGCAAACAUUAUUUGAUGAAGCAUAACUGCUCUGAUAUUUACUUUGUGUUCUAAUAUCUGUUUUUGAUUCAUAGAUUCAUAUUUUAUAGGCAUUAGGGUGUAAGUUAGUAAAGUAAUAUAUGAAAACUAUCCAAUGUCCAAUCCAGAAGUUAUCAAUAUUUUCCAGUGGCUUUCUUUCACAUGAAUACAAUGAACACAAUUUAAAAUCAUUUGCCCUGCUGACCUGUUUGAUUUACAAGAAAAAAGAAAAUGUCCAGUUCAUUCAUAUUUUACCAUAUUUUGUUUGAUUUUGUAACUCUGCUUUUUGGAGAUGGAGAACAACUUUUAAUUUCAAUGGUCAAAAGGUAUCUAACCAGCUACAAGUUGUGACUUCUUGGAGUAACCUGCCAAGGAGUGAAUGAUUAUUGUACAUUGUAAACUUGUCCAAUGAGAACUGGAAUAAACUUGAAGGAACACAUUUAACUUAAGCUUAUAGGUUUUCUAGUAUAUUAUACCAAAUGACAUCCAUGCCUAGAACUCAAAAUAUAAACUAAUAAGCAUUCAAUUACAUUAAGCUGUAGAGUUUCCCAUGUCAUGGAUAGUGUUAGGAGCAACAUAGAGUGAGAGCCAGCAGCUUAUUAUGGAGCCUGGCCACUUUCUGUGGAUGGGAAAUGUAGAAUAGCUAUUCUAUUAAAAAAAACCAACAUGACUAUUUGACAUCUGAAUAGGAAUUCCCAGUUAAGUUUCUACUUAUUGCAACACUAUCAGUAUAGUUGUUAAUUGAUCAUAUUUCUGUUUUUGUUUAUUUUAAAAUCUAAGUGACAGAAGAAUUUUCCUUUUUUUCCCCAGGCAGGUCUGAUAUUCAGGAAAGACCGAAAAAAUCUUUUGCAGUAUUCUGUAUUUGUGAUCAUAAUUAAAGUAUUAAACGUAUUUAUUGAUUGCAAAUAUUUAAAAAAAACACGAGAAUAAAGAAUUGUGUACACUAUGGAACUGUACAUCGGUUAUUAUGAAUAUUUAAAAUUCAUGAUUAAUGUCACAAACUGUAAUUUAUUUGUUAAUUUUUAAUCAUCUAUUUAUUUGAAUUGUGUAUCUUGGUGCUGCUAAUAUAUAGGUAUAUUGUAAAUACA